AUGCCGCCGCCACCCCCGCCACGUCUGGACCGCGAGGCUCCGCGGGUGGCCCAGCAGCCCCUGGAGGCGCGGGCGAAGGCUCGCCACCUGUCCGUCACCGCUGCUCCCGUGCCGCCGCUUGCUUCCUCACAGCUCCGCCGCCCGGCUCCCGGCGCCGCCGCGGCUCGGCUCGCCCCAGCGGGCUCGCAGGACGCCCGCGCAUGCGCCACUCCCUGCCGCGCAGGGGCUCGCGCUGCCCGGGCUCGCGCCGUCCCGAGCCCGCGCGCGAAUCCACGCGCCGCUGCUGCGCGCCAGCGGAGGGAAAUCCGCGAGAAGCGAUUGGACUGCCCGGCCCCGGACCGGCUUCUAGAAUCGCUGGUCUGGGGCCCUCAGCUGCAGCAGACUCCGGAGGGGGCGAAGCCGGUCAGGUGGGCGACUCCCUCUACCCGGACUCCCCACUCGCUUCCGCUUCCAGUGCCUCCUGCCUGCGCCCCGAGAUGGCCACAGGCCUCCUGGUCGGAGAUGGGAGAUCCAGAAAAGGAGGAGACGACACCAUUUUCAGACCCAUCCCAGUGUCACCCACAAUGCUGUCGGAAAGGUCCCCGGAGCCACCUUGUGCAUUCCCAGGGCCCGCAGGAUGGAGUCGCCACGAGGGAACCAGAGAAUCACACAGCAGCAUUUAAGGAGCCAGCCAGUCUGAUGACUCAGCUCAUAAAACAAUGUGUGGCCACAAAGAUGAUGUUUAUCCAUGAGCAUUCUGGAGGCUCUUGCUACUGAAGUCGGCAAGCAGUGGGUAAGUGGCACACGAUGCUCAUUCUCAAGAGUUUCUGGCAGCAGUGCCAACACAGCACUCACUUCCCUCUCUCAGCAGUUGAUUUCUUCUGAUGCUGUGUCCAAGCAGAAUGGUAGAAAAAAACUUCAGAGAAAUGCAGUGGGUAUAGAGGCAAAUCCAAAGUGCAGGUGAUAGUGGUGACAUUCUGCCUUCUCUUGAUCAGAAGGUGUCAGCAGCUGGAGCUUAUCCCCAUAUGAACCCCAGGGUCAGGUAAAUGGAAGGCUUAAGAACACGUUACCCAACUUACCUCUGCCCUUCUGGGUUCCUCAAGGAGUGGGUCUGCUGUGGUUAGUAAAACAUCUGCAGAGCUAGUUUUCUUCAUGGCAGAGAGACGCGCAAGCUAGUCUCACUUCACCACCACCUCUUAUUUACCCCAAAGCAACACCUUUUAGGAAGCCUCCUUUCAGGAGGCAGCUUUGGAAUAAGGGGCAAAUUCAAAGUAAGUUAACACAAAGGCUGGACACAGUGGCUCACACCUGUAAUCUCAGCACUGUGGGAGGCUGAGACGGGCAGAUGACUUGGGACCAGAAGUUCAAGACCAGCCUGGCCAACAUGGUGAAACCCCGUCUCUACUAAAAAUACAAAAAUUAGCCAGUCAUGGUGGUAUGCACCUGGAAUCCCAGCUACUUAGGAGGCUGAGACAGGAAAAUCACUUGAACCCAGGAAGCAGAGGUUGCAGUGAGCUGAGAUUGCUCCACUGCACUCAAGCCUGGGUGACAAAGUGAGAACGUGUCUGAAAUAAAAAAAAAGAUAAAGUUAACACAGAGAUGGCUGACACAGUUAGAGCCCUUUCAAGUGAAGAGACCUAAAGUGCCUAAGAAUAUAUUAGUAUUUUGCUUUAAGUUUUGUUGCUUCUGAAUAUAUUUUCAGUAGGGAGGGGAUAGGGAAGAGUGUGACAGGAAGACAGAUUAAGCAGUACAAUAUUUCAUUAUUUUCCCGAAAAUGACAAACUUUAACCAUCUGUUCCUAUUUUAUCAACCCAUUCAAAAUAUUAUUAAUAUGUGGAUUUCUUUCAGUUAGCCAAGGUCUUCAAAUGAGAAAUGGCCAAAGCUCCCCUGACUGUAAUUCCUGGAGACUGAUGUGGCACUUCUGGAUGGGCACUAAUGAACAAGCUCCACCAUGAGAAGCACCCCCAGAUGUUUCCAGAUGUGUCAGAGAAUUCCCAGCACUUGCUUGCUGCCCACUUGACUUUGAGCUACCUCAAGACAGCACCAUGCUAUAUUCUUUUUUAUUUUUAGUGCCUAGCACGCAGCAUCUGACACAUAGUAGGUGCUCAGUAAAUAUUGUUUUAAUUAAUACAUUAGUAAAUGAGUGCUUUUAAUGUUUUCCAGAAAUUUAUGUUUUUGUUCCAAUAGGGUUUUUGUUUGCUUGUUUAUUUUCUGUCUAGGAAAAAGGGCGGAGAUAGAAUCAAAAACAAGAUACCCCUUGGAAGGAAGGGCAAAUAGAAACUUGGCAUUACCUAGUUCUCUUUUCCCUUGGGGGGAAAUAAUUAUGUCCUUAAAUUUCUGCACUAAGUCACCAAGGAGGGCUUGAAAUUAAAAACCUUGGAGAGUAAUUAGCAACAAAACGUUCUGAUGUCAAGAAGCACAUUUUAUGGGAUCGUAUUUGUAAUAUUAAUUGGGCCUCUGCAUAGCCAAAUGGUGAAAUUAUUGCUAUAAUACAAAUAGGCCCAAAAGAGAAAAACAGCCCAAAAUAGCACAGAUAUUCUCAGUCAGGACAGAGGUAAUUUCUCUACACAUAAAAAGCCACCAAUUGAAUGCCUUCACCAACUCACUUGAGUUAAAUGAGUUAAAAAACAAAAGCUUGUUGUGUAGUGUAGCACCACCUACCCCAUCUCUGAAAUGCUGUGGGACUGGGGCUGGGAAAAGAACGGAGACUUUAUCCCCACCAGCUUUUCAUACUUUCUAUCUUGAAGUGUAAAACAUUUGAAUCAUUUAUUUACCAAAAAUUUAUUGAGCACCUAUUAUGGGCCAGGUCCAGAGCAAAAAAAAAAACAGGGAGCCACUGCACCCAGCCUCUCUUCAUGGAGUUUAGCAUCUUGUUGGGAGAAGAGACAUUGAACCAAUAAUCACACAAGCAAAUAUCUAAUGAGAGACACAAGGACAGGUGCAGUGGCUCACGCCUGUAAAUCUCAGCACUUUGGGAGGCUGAGGCGAGCAGAUCACUUGAGGCCAAGAGGUCAAGACCAGCCUGGCCAACAUGGUGAAACCCUGUCUCUACUAAAAAUACAAAAAUUAGCCAAGUGUGGUGGUGGGCACCUGUAGUCCCAGCUACUCGGGAGACUGAAGCAGUAGAAUCACUUGAACCUGGGAGACAGAGGCAGAGGAGACAGUGAGCAAAGACUGCACCACCACUGCACUCCAGCGUGGGUGACAGAGCAAAACACCAAAAAAAAAAAAAACACGAAGAGAGAUACAAGUACUAGGAAAGAAGAGAAAGAGAAAGGGUACAUGUACAGAGGGAGCCUCAGCCAGGGAUUCUGACCUAGUUUGCAAAUAGGGAAGACUUCCUGGAGGAAAUUAUAUUUAAACUGGAGGCUGACAAUACAUACAAAUUAGCCAAGUAAAGAAGAGAAAAGUGUUCUAGACAAAGGGAGCAGCAUUUAGGGGAGGUGAAUCUGGUGAAGAAGGAGCUUAACGUAUCCAAGGAAUGGAAAGGCCAGUGUGACCAGGACGUGAUGUGUGAGUGAGCAAGUGGGGAGUGGGGAGAAAUGUGGGGACUAGAGUGGGAGAUAGGGGCAGCCGUUGGGGCCUUGCCACGUCCCAUGACAUUAGGGAACCAACCAUUGACAGACCUUGGGUCAGAAGCAGAGAUAAGAGACAUGA